AGUUAAGCCCAAAGAACAAAAAUCCAAUUGAAAACAAGAACAAAUGCUUAUGCUCUCUUGAGUGGCCGUUGUGGUCGAAUUAAAUUUAUAAUAAAAUCAGUUGAAGAAAUUACGUGGCCGUCCGUAGAAUUCCUUUAAUUUUUUCUCGGUAUUUGUUUAAUGUAAAUAAAACGACUAAGAAUUUGGAAAGGUGUUUUUGUUUGUAUUAAAAACAAAAGUGUGCUCAGAUUUGCUUGUCGCCAGCUGUUGUUGCUGCUGCUGCUGCCACCUCUUGUUGCUUAUUAUUAGAACGACGAAUGCCAACCAAACAGCAGACGGAAAAACGUAAAUAAACAAUAUAGAACAACAACGCGACGCAAGUAAUGAAUUAUGCUAACCAACUGAAUGGUGGCAGUUCAAGUGGCAUAUCAGCCCCACCCCAAACGGUGGUAACAACAGCAACAAUUAACAAUAAUAAUACUACAGCAACAUCAUCGCCAGCCUUAGCUGCAGCAAAUAUGGUUCUCAAUGACCCGCCAAGUAGUGAUUCCGAACCGGAAUUCAUUGACAAUAGCAGUGUGGAAUUGCGGGGAUAUCUCAGCAAAUGGACCAAUUACAUUUAUGGCUGGCAACCGCGUUAUAUUGUCCUUAAAGAUGGUACCCUGUCAUAUUACAAAUCUGAAUCAGAAUCAGAUUUUGGCUGCCGUGGUGCUAUUAGUCUAAGUCGGGCAACCAUAAAGCCACAUGAGUCCGAUGAACUUCGAUUCGAUGUUGUGGUCAAUAAUUAUAAUAACUGGUGUUUACGUGCCGAUACGCCAGAGGAUCGAAUGCACUGGGUGGAAGUGCUGCGUAUGUACAAAGAGGACAGUACCAGCACAGAUACAACUUCAUUGCGACGCCAUGGCAGCACAAUGUCCCUGCAAUCCAACACAGUGUCCGUGGCAAGUGGUAGCAGUUUGAAAAAGACUCAACGGAAUUUGAAGGAGAAAGUUGGAGAAAUUGAAACAUUUAAGGAUAUACUGUUUGGACAAAUAGAGACAUUGCAAAGGUACUUUGAUGCCUGUGCCGAUGUCAAUAAAGGCAUGGAUAAGCCCCUCGAUUUGGGUGAUGGCCUAAAAGCUAUUGAUUUUAAGGGCGAAUCGAUAACAUUUCGUGCCACAACGGCUGGUGUUUUAACAACCUUGCAACAUUGUCUGGAAAUAAUUGUGGAAAAUGAUGAGACAUGGAAGAAGAAAUUGGAUAGAGAGAUUGAAAAACGCAAAAAAGUCGAAGAACAAAAUCGAAAAUUGAAAGAAGAAAUUGAAAAAUUAAAACGAAUAUCAUAUCCAGGACCAGAUUUAGAGGAAGGACCGCAUUCCACACUACCGGAAGAUGAAUUUUUCGAUGCUGUUGAAACGGGAUUGGAUAAAAUCGAAGAGGACAUGCAAUUGAGAGUUAAAUUGAAAUUGCAAUCACAACAAUCACAAAUCUCCACACACAACUCCGUGAAUGCGUCAGCAACAGAAAAUGGUGAAAACGAUGAUGUCGAUGCCGAAUUUGGUACUGGUGCCUUGGCCAGGUCACAUGAUCUGUGGGAAGAGAUUGAUCGGGUGUGCCUGGAACAGUUGCACUAUGCCCGACAAGGUGUCGGUCAGGACGGCAAUGGUUGGCAAAUAUUUGCCGAUGAAGGCGAAAUAAAAAUGUAUAAACGUGAGGAGGAAGUCAAUGGCAUGGUGGUGGAUCCCCUGAAAGCCUAUCAUUCGGUCAAGGGUGUUACGGCCAGAGAAAUGUGUCAUUAUUUCUUUAUGCCCGAAUUCCGCAACGAAUGGGAAACCACCUUGGAGGACUGCACAAUAUUGGAAAAAAUCUCGCCAGACACAUAUUUAUUCCUACAGACCCACAAACGUGUCUGGCCAGCUAGUCAAAGAGAUGCCCUAUUCUGGUCGCAUAUGCGCAAAAUUACCGAUGGUUUGGACGAGGGUGCUGUCGAUACCUGGAUCGUUUGCAAUAAUUCAACAAAUUAUUCAACACAAGAAUCUAAAAAUGGCAAAUGCGUUAGAAUAUUUUUAACAGUUAUAAUGGCCUGUCAGACACAUUUGCCACCGGGCAAAACUAAAGCGGAUAAACUGACCCGCGACGAUUUAACGUGUAAAGUCACGUACUGUUCUGUGGUCAAUCCCGGCGGUUGGGCUCCUGCCUCUGCUUUACGCGCUAUUUAUAAGCGUGAAUAUCCAAAGUUCCUUAAACGUUUCACCAGUUACGUGAUAGAUCAACGUAAAGAUCAACCCAUUAUGUUCUGAUAUUUGCCAUUUUCAUUAUUAUAUUUGCUGUUAUAACUAAUUAUUUUUAUUGUUUUUUUAACACUUACCAACAAUGUUUUAUAUUUCUCUUACUCCCCGCUCCCCCUCUCUCUCUGUCUCUCUCUCUCUCUGAAAAUGCAUGGCAUAAAGUCAAACUACAUAUUAAUUUUUUAUGUUUUUUAAUCUACAAGUUCCAAAUACAAUUUUUGUUUUGAAA